AAAAAAAAAAUAUACAUUUAGACUUUAUUUUACUUUACUUUUUUUAAUUAUAUUAAUAAGAUCCAAAUAAAUAAAUAAAUAAAUAAAAUGCAAAAGGCUUACUUACUCGUUCUUUUACCUUUUAUCGCUCAAUUGGUCAAUGCUAUGUGUACCUGUGACCCUAAUGAUAACACUUGUCUUCAAAUUUGUGUAAAUACAACUCAGCAUUGUAUUGAAAAGUGUAACGGCGAUAAUAUCUGUUAUAAUACUUGUAUUCAUAAUUACUGGCCUGGUCAAGAAAGUAGCUCAACUACACUUCAUCAAAUUACUCUUCCUGCCACAACCAUGAGUGUGCAUCCUACCUCUGCUACCACUACAGAUAUGAAGAGUGAAUCUACCUCUGAAGCUCAUCCUUCCACCACUGAAGCUCAUCCUUCUUCUUCUGAAGCUCAUCCUUCUACCACUGAAGUUCAUCCUUCUUCUGCUGCUACUGCUACUGAUAAGGCUUCAACAGUUACGAGUCAUAGCGAUGGUAAGUGUAAAAAAAAAAAAAUAAUUAUAAUAUUAAGCGUAUACAAGAGAGCAUAAGUACAGAUAGAAUUAACUCUGUUCUAUUUAUUUAUUUAUUUAAUAGCUUCACAUCCUACAUCUGCUGCUGCUAUGCAACAUGAAUCUACUUCUACUACCCUUUCUGCUAGUGGAACUCCUACACCUGCUUCUGCUUCCGCUUCUCCUGAAGUCAGUCAUCAUACUAGUGGAGCCACUCAUUUAUUAUCUGGCUCUGCCUUUAUCCUUAGCAUCAUUCUUUCCUUUUUCAUGUUUUAAAUCUCUUGAUUCAUUUUUUAUUUUUUCCUCCCCUUUUUUUUUUCUUUUAUUAAAUUGGUAUAGUAAUAAUAGUAAUAAUUGUAAUAAUAAUAAUAAUAAUAAUUAACUUAUAAUACAUCGACUUGUCUGUGAUCUUGGUUUAUAAUUUUCAAUAUAUUUUAAUUGUUUCUUGUUAAUAGCUCCU